GAGGGAUUCCACGUCGGGCCUCCGGUCCCGGAGUCUUCCAUUUUACAUAUGAAAUCCAACGACUUCUCCCAUUCCAUAACCAAUACUCUCAACUGCCCUUCCCUUCCUUCACCACCUGAUACAUUCUGCCUCAUUUACUUUAGAUCUCGACUACUUUGACACAAUGUCAGCCAUUCCCAAAGAAAUCAACAGUCAUCCAGCCUCAGGUCUUUCUCCAAACGCAUCGUUUCAGUCCGCCCCAUCUAGUCAUGGAAACUCGGUUUUCACAAACCGCACGAUCCCUCUGCCCAAUGCCAAGCAUUUGAAGCCAUUCGCUACUGAGGAUAUCAAAGUUCUUCUUUUGGAGAAUGUAAAUCAAACGGGGCGAGAUAUUCUUACAAAGCAAGGCUAUCAAGUAGAGUUUUUAAAGUCAUCACUUCCUGAGGAUCAGCUCAUAGAAAAAAUUCGAGAUGUGCACGUCAUCGGUAUACGUUCGAAGACGAAGCUCUCAGCUCGUAUUUUGAAAGAGGCUCGGAAUCUUAUAGUCGUCGGUUGUUUUUGUAUUGGAACAAACCAAGUGGACCUCCAAUAUGCUGCAGAACACGGCAUUGCUGUAUUCAACUCUCCAUUUAGCAACUCUCGAAGCGUUGCAGAGUUGGUUAUUGCUGAGAUUAUUGCACUAGCUCGGCAACUCGGUGACCGGUCUAAUGAAAUGCACAGUGGCACUUGGAACAAAGUAAGCAGCAAGUGCUGGGAGAUACGUGGGAAGACAUUGGGUAUAAUAGGUUACGGCCAUAUUGGUUCCCAACUAUCGGUUCUAGCUGAGGCCAUGGGCAUGUCUGUUCUUUACUAUGAUGUGGUGAAUCUGAUGGCAUUGGGCACUGCCCGCCAGGUUCCCACUUUAGAGAGUCUACUUUCCCAGUCAGACUUCGUCACAUGCCAUGUACCGGAACUUCCGGAAACAAAAGAGAUGAUUGGACAAUGCCAAUUUGAACAAAUGCGGGACGGCAGUUAUUUGAUUAAUGCUAGUCGAGGAAGUGUCGUUGACAUCCCGGCAUUGAUCCACGCGAUGCGAUCUGGCAAGGUGGCUGGGGCCGCACUUGAUGUCUAUCCGAACGAACCUGCUGGAAAUGGUGACUAUUUCAAUAGCGAGCUUAACAACUGGGCAGCGGAUCUUCGCAGCCUUAAGAAUGUGAUUCUUACUCCUCACAUCGGAGGUAGUACCGAAGAAGCGCAGCGUGCAAUUGGUGUGGAGGUGGCAGACGCUUUAGUGAGAUAUGUCAACGAAGGCACAACUUUAGGUGCCGUCAACCUUCCCGAAGUCGCCCUUCGUUCCUUGACUAUGGAUGAACCGGAACAUGCUCGAGUGAUCUACAUCCAUCAAAAUAUUCCUGGCGUCUUAAGGAAAGUGAAUGAGAUCCUGGGAGACCAUAACGUCGACAAGCAAAUGACCGAUAGCAGAGGUGACGUGGCCUACCUAAUGGCUGAUAUCAGUGAUGUUGAUAACGCUACUAUCAAGGAUCUAUACGAGAGGCUUGAAAGCCUUUCAUCUCGGAUCAUGACACGUAUAUUAUACUGAGGACACAUCGGCGUAUGGAAGCCUCAUUCUAAAAUUAGUUAUUGGUAGAUUUGAUUUCGGUAGAACCCAUCCCUCAACGGCCCAAGUCUACCAUCUGCCAGACAAGAAAGUUAUCGGCUCCCAUGCUACCGCCGCGCUAGUUUGUGUGGUUGAGUGAUUAAAACCUUGGUUAUCGAUACGUCAAGUGGUGUC